GGCUGCCCACCACCAAAAUCACAAAGAAUCACAAAAAGACGGAAAACUCCCCAAUCUGUGGAAUUUCCGGAGACGAGAGCUCAUUCAUCAGCCAGAUAAAGUAGCGGUCAGCAUGCCCAAGCUCAAGAAUCUGUUGCCCACCAUCUUUGGCAGUAAGGAGGUGCAGAAUGAGGACGAAGGACGACUGGAAAAGGAUGCAGCACCCGUGGACGACAGCGAGGGAGAUAACAAUAACAGUGGGGCGCUAUCGCUGCCUUCCAGCAGCACUCCAACAGUGUCAGCAGAUCUCACAGAGUCCGUGAUUCGCGAGCUAAGCGACCCCAACUAUAACUCCAUGGACGUGGUGCAGUCCGCCAAUAUUCCAGGUCCCUUGACCGCGGCCCAAACGAACAACACGAUGAACGUGCACAGUGCCCAGCAACAGGUGGUUAUGAACUUUUCGAAUGCCAGCAACCUGCACUUCGGCUCUGUUUACAACUUCAACCAGAAUCUGAGUGCUUCCAGCUCUCGAAAGAGCAGUGUUAGCGCCACGGAGGAGGGGGCCGCCACACCAGACUGCAAACGAUCGGCCGCCACCCGUAAAACGGUUACCAUCGUAACCAUGAUGCAGUCGCAGGAGGAACCGGAUGUACGCUUGCUGGACGCAGUGGCCACGCACCUGGGUGAAGGUUGGAAGCAAGUUAUGCGCGAUCUAGGCCAGUCGGAGGGGCAAAUCGACCAGGCGAUAAUCGAUCAUCAGAUGCACGGAAAUAUCCGGGAGGUGAUUUACCAGCUCUUGCUUCAGUGGGUGCGCAGCUCAGAGAAUGGCGUAGCCACCGUCGGACGACUCACUACGCUGCUGUGGGAGUCCCAGCACCGGGAUUGCGUGCAGCGAAUGAAACUGGUUUGGAAGGCACUGGAGAAGCGCAAGACGAACAGCUAGAGCCUGGGUUUAGAGCAUUUGUCAAUAAUGAUUCCAACCGAAAACGAUAAAUUGGAAGCAGCCUUCAGAUGCCGAAUUAUGUCGGAGACUUUUCGAAAGGCUACAACUACCAAUGAUUGAGAUACGCAGCGGCCUUCGUUUGCCGUCAGAGGAUGAGAGAGGAGGAGAGAUCAUCAGGCAAUAAUGUGCAAUAUUUGUUUUAUUAAUCCAAACCUUCGAAUAAGUGCCUUGAUGUUUGCAUUAAUUAAUUCUUAAGAUGUGAUAUUUGUGUCGAAAGAACAACCAGCACCUGGAAGUUGGCAUUUCGUAGCAUUUUAUAAAGAGUAUAAAAAUAGAUGAUUUAUUAUAUAA